AACCGGAAACAGUAUGUUUGGUUACUGUUAGCUUGACGUCAGUUUUUCUCCAAGCAGCGGCUUCAGUGGAUCCAAUGAGGUGACGCCGCGUUCCGGGCCCGACUGCUGAGAGCGAGCCGGUGAUAAGGGGAACUAAAAACGACCAAGCGUGACAACAAAGAGGCUCUGAAUCAAGGCAGGACUAGCAAAAUUAAUCUCAGAACCCGGCCGGAGAAGCCCAACCAAUACUUGCAUUUGUGCCGGCUGAGGAAAGCUCAUGAUGGGGGGGAGGAAGCUGGCGCUUGCUGUUCUUUUCUGCCUUGUUCUGGCAAUGUUGCCUUCUCACACAGUGACUGUAGCCGUCAUGUCCGUUGACCUGGGCAGUGAGUGGAUGAAAACGGCGAUAGUGAAACCUGGUGUGCCGAUGGAGAUUGUUCUCAACAAGGAGUCGAGGAGGAAAACCCCCACGGCUGUAUGUCUCAAGGAAAAUGAAAGACUUUUGGGAGACAAUGCACUAGGAUGGUCUGUGAAGAACCCCAAAACAGUUUACAGACACCUCCAAAGCCUCCUGGGCAAAAAGCAUGAUAACCUCCAGGUGGAGCUCUACAAGAAACGGUUCCCUGAGCACCAGCUGCUGGAGGACCCAGUGAGAGGCACAGUGUACUUUAAAAAUUCAGAAGAGAUGCAGUACACGCCGGAGGAGCUCCUCGGCAUGGUGCUCAACUAUUCUCGUGUGCUGGCUCAGGACUUUGCAGAACAACCAAUCAAAGAUGCGGUGAUCACCGUCCCAGCCUUUUUCAACCAGGCAGAGCGCAGGGCAGUCCUGCAGGCUGCACAGAUGGCCGGUCUAAAGGUCCUUCAACUCAUCAACGACAACACCGCCGUGGCCCUGAACUAUGGCGUCUUCAGGAGGAAAGAUAUCGACAACACAGUUAAGAACAUGAUGUUUUAUGACAUGGGCUCGGGCAGCACAACUGCCACCAUCGUCACCUAUCAGACGGUCAAGACCAAGGAGUAUGGCACCCAGCCCCAGCUACAGAUCCGAGGCGUCGGGUUUGACCGUGGGUUGGGGGGCUUUGAGAUGGACCUGCGACUCCGGGACCACCUGGCCAAACUAUUCAAUGAGCAGAAGAAGAGCAAGAAAGAUGUGAGGGAGAACCACCGAGCCAUGGCCAAGCUCCUCAAAGAGGCUCAGAGGCUCAAGACCGUGCUCAGUGCCAACGCCGACUUCAUGGCCCAGGUGGAAGGUUUGAUGGAUGACAUUGACUUUAAAGCGAAGGUGACCAGGAUUGAGUUUGAAGAGCUGUGUGCAGAUCUCUUUGAGAGAGUGCCUGGCCCGGUGCAGGACGCCCUCGCCACUGCAGAAAUGAAGCUGGAUGAAAUUGAGCAGGUGAUUUUAGUCGGUGGCUCCACUCGUGUCCCCAAGGUUCAGGAAGUGCUGCUCAAAGCUGUGGGGAAAGGGGAGCUUGGCAAGAACAUCAACGCAGACGAGGCGGCCGCCAUGGGCGCCGUGUACCAGGCUGCUGCCCUCAGCAAGGCCUUCAAGGUGAAACCUUUCCUGGUCCGGGACGCAGCUGUCUUCCCCAUUCAGGUGGAGUUCACCCGUGAGACAGAGGAAGAGGGGAUCAAAACGCUGAAACACAACAAACGUAUCCUCUUCCAGAGGAUGGCGCCCUACCCCCAGCGCAAGGUCAUUACAUUCAACCGCUACAACGAUGACUUUGAGUUCUACAUCAACUACGGAGACCUGAGCUUCCUCAGCCAGGAGGACCUCAGUGUGUUUGGCUCCCUGAACCUGACCACAGUCAAACUGUCUGGAAUAGGCAGCAGCUUCCAGAAGCACACAGACGCAGAGUCAAAAGGCAUCAAAGCCCAUUUCAACAUGGAUGAGAGCGGGGUGCUCCUGCUGGAUCGGGUGGAGUCUGUGUUUGAAACCAUUGUGGAGGAGAAAGAAGAGGAAUCAACAUUGACUAAACUGGGUAACACAAUUUCCACCUUGUUUGGAGGAGGAUCAUCAGAACCCGCUCCGAAUGUAACUGAACCUGUCCAGGAUGAGGAAGAAGUGCCUCCAGAGUCUGAAAAGAACGGCAAGGACGAGGACGUAAAGGACACGGCCCAGAAGGACGAGGGCGUUAAAGACGAGGCCCAGAAGGACGAGGAGAAGCAGGACGAAGCAGAGAAGAGUGCAGGCGAAGGAAAAAGUGAGGAGGGCACAGAGGAGGCAGGCAGCAAGAAUGAUGCCAAGGAGGAAAGUGAUGGAGAGAAAUCUGGAAACGUUGAGGCAGAAAAAGAUGAGGAGGAGGAGAAGAAGGCAAAACCUCUAAAAAAGAGCAAGAUCGCUGAAGAGAUCACGGUGGAGCUCGUCAUCAACGACAUCCUCGACCCCACCGCAGAUGAUGUCACUGCUUCUAAGAAGAAGUUGCAGGAUUUGACAGACCGAGACCUGGCCAAACAGGAAAGGGAAAAGUCACUUAACAGCCUGGAAGCGUUUAUCUUUGAGACGCAGGACAAGCUGUACCAGGAGGACUACCAGCUGGUGGUGUCCGAGGGCGAGAAGGAGCAGAUGUCGGCCAAGCUGAGCGAGGCGUCGGAGUGGAUGGACGAGCACGGCUAUGACGCCACCACCAAGCAGCUGAGAGAGAAGCUGUCCCAGCUGAGGAGCCUGUGCAAGGACAUGUUCUUCAGGGUGGAGGAGCGACGCAAGUGGCCCGAGCGCCUGGCCGCCCUGGACGGCAUGCUCAACACCUCCAGCUUCUUCCUGAGGAGUGCCAAACUGAUUCCAGAGGAUGACCAAAUCUUCACUGAAGUUGAGCUGAAUAUGUUAGAAAAAGUGAUCAACGAGACGAUGACCUGGAAGAACCAGACGGAAGCUGAGCAAGAGAAACGCUCUCCAACGGAGCGGCCCGUCCUGUUGUCCAAAGACAUCGAGUCCAAGCUGGCUCUGCUGGACCGAGAGGUCAACUACUUGCUCAACAAGGCCAAGUUUGCCAAGCCGAAAGUUAAAGCCAAAGCCAAGAACAGCACCAGCUCUGAUAAAAGCAGCAAGGCCAACAACACGACCGAGGAGAAGGUGAUCCCUCCCACAGAGGAGAGCACGGACACAAAGACUGAAAGCCCAGAGGCGGUGCAGCCGGGCGAAGCCCCGCCCACUGAAGAGAGCACUGUACAUUCAGACUCAGACAGCCAAUCACAGCCCACAGAAGAAACAAAUACAGGACCAACGGAGAAGGCCCAAACUGAAAACCACAUACAGGAUGAAUUAUAACAGCUGGAACCAGGGGGGGAAAAAAAUCACUAUUUAUUGACAGUGUAUAAAUGUUCAAGUUCCUUCUCGCUCUCUGUUUUUUCUGUUGAGUUUUUCUUCAAUUUCGUUUAUUAUGUCCUUGUUUAUUGAGCUGCUGGAAGCUGAUUGAAUAAGGAUUGGAGACCACUCAUCUUGUCACCCCUUUCCUCUUCUGUGCUGUUCAUCUCUCUUGUCUUUCAUGGAUUAUGUAAGCAACUGGCACUUAAACUCCAUGAAGAAGCAGUGCAAC